CCCCCUGGAGUUUUGGUUCUGCAGCGAGAGACAUGACUCGAAGCCUUCCUGCUUCAUGAGGCAGAUUUAUUCACACACACGUAAACACUAUCGAGUAUUUCACUAAUGACAGAGUGAAAACUCUUUCUUACAGGAUCGAAUCAGAUGAUUUCCCACUGCUGCAGCCAGACCGGAAGUGACGUUCAAUCUCGCGCAAUGCAACCGGCGCGCCAAAUUUCAAAGCACUUCCUGGGAAGAAAUCGCUAAACAGGCGAGAAGCGAGCAGAGAGAGAGGCAUAAUGUUCAGGUUUGCAGUAAGCUGGCCGCAGAUUUAGGGAUGAAGACCAUCUGAGUCACAGCUGUGUGCAUUAACACAACAGGCUAAUUAUUUUAGACUUUUACACGAUAAACACACUUUUAUAGGAUGUUGCUGUAAAACUCUCCCUCAUUGACGCAGGGAUUUAUAUUUAAUGAGUAAAGAUGGAGGGUCGUGUGUGAGGUGUCUGACGGCGGCGUUCCAACAUGUUCCCCGGAAUCCACCCGUGCUUCCAGCUGUUGAGGAUAGGCUCGUCGAGCAGCGUGAACAGCCCGGGCAGUGCUGGUUCUGACUCGGCCCAUGACCUGUACACUUUCCGGCCGGCGCUCGCGCACUCGGUGUUCAGAUUGGGCAGGCUGGCGGAGCUGUGCGACGUCACCCUGGAGUCCACAGCUGUUUCACGCGUACACGCCGAGCUGCAUGCUGAAAAACAGACUGACGCUGCAGGAGAGGAGAGCUGGAAGGUCCAAGUGCGGGACCGGAGCAGCUAUGGUACGUGGGUGAACGACGUCCGAAUCCAGUCCGGUGUCUUGCUGGAGAUAUUUGAUGGCGACACACUGACGUUUGGUGACCAAACAGUGGAAGGGAGCCCAGAGUUCUACUUCCUUUUCCAGAAGGUCAGGGUCAGUCCGCAGGACUUCGACGCCAUAACUGUCCCGAAGGCCAGCUCCUUCUCGUCCAAUAUCAAUAACCGGAUCAGAACAAGCCUGGACUGCAAACAAGAACCCGGCCUUGACAUUUCUAAGUUGUCCAUCAACAAAGCCACAGUCAUUCUCAACUCCAUCGGCAGCCUUAGUAAGAUCAACGGCAGCUGCUGGACCUUCAAGAGGACUGACAAAACCGCUGGCCUGAGUUCAGCAGACACGCCUUCGUUUCAAACUCUGGUGCCACCUUCAACUCCUCCUUCUCUUUCUGAUAGUCGAGAGACUGCAAAGUCCAUCCCACCAUCAUCCAAGAGUCGGCGCAAAUCAGCCCACACUGUGCUUUUGGAAGACGACAGUGUGGAGGACCAUGAUGGCUGCAGGACUGGCUUAGAGGAAGCAUGGAAAGCCAAAGCUGGCAAGAGACGACGUCUGUACAAGUCCGAGUCGGAGAUUUUCCAGUCUCCACUGUCCAGUAUGGAGUUAAGCAUGAGGCCGCAGCUCGACACCCGGCCGGUCACGCCCAAGCAGAAUGCAGUCAUUUUCAAUCAGCUGAGCAACGGGAAACUCGAUCGUCCUCCUUUUACCUUGAUCCUGAAGCGCGAGAGUGAAAAUACCGGCCACAGCAAAAGUGUAAAUCUGGUGGGAUGCCGGCAGCAGAAGCGUUGCUCUUCAGCUCCUCGUGGCAGGCGGAGGGCAAACAGCACGCCGCUGUGCUCUUCACUGGUCGUCGGAGGUGAAAGUUAUCAGCUGGCGUCUCCGCCUGCGCGACCGGCCAAAGCGCUGAGGGGCCACGCCGCACGGUUCCACGCCUCCACCAGUAGACGGCGUGGCAGACCCAGGAAGCACCCACCACCCCAGCCUUCCCUUCCAUCUCCCAUUUCCUCCUCGUCAUCAUCUAGCUCUUCAUCAUCAUCAUCUUCAACAUCGUCUUCCUCAGAGGAUGAAGACGACGAUGAACAUGAAGAAGAAAUGAGGGCCGCACAGGGCAUAGAGCCAUGUGCAGCGGUGCGUUGUCGUCUGCCGCAGCAGGACACAGUGCAGUGGGUGCAGUGUGACGACUGUGAUGCCUGGUAUCACUUGGACUGCCUUCCAAGCGACCGCAACCGAGCCACGUUCCUGCUCGAUCCUAGCGCUGAAUUCCACUGUGGCUGCUGCUGAGUGGCUCCACUAAUGGUAAUUAAAAAGGCUGGUCAGACAGAAGCAGUGCUCCUCCAAGAUACAUAUUUAAGCAAUAAAAUCUCUGUUGUUUGACUGCCUCAGCUACUUGUUUUUAAGCAUCAGACUCAGUUUGCAGGUAAUACACUAAGCUUUAUAGCAUUAUGGUACAUUAUGGCACAUUAUGGUGGUUGGAUGGGUCUUAUCGGGCACAACCUUUUUGGUGACAUAGAAAAAGGUGUGCUGGAUCUGCGUGGAAGUGUAUGGGUUCCCCCAACGUUCUCAUAAAAUCAAAGGGAUCCCUGCAAUGUUUCUUUAAAAUCAAUUUUAAUAUGUUCAAUAAUCUCCUGGAUAUUUACCUAUCUGGGAAUAAUACAGAAAAUCGCUAGUAAUAUAUCGUUCAUGAUAAUACCAGUAUAACUUUAAACAUUUUGCCACAUCGCAACAUCAGCAGGAUUUUACAGUUUGAGGGCUUUGCUUGCGUUUGCACGUUAUUUUUCCAAAACACAAAAUAAUUUUGGACGUGCAAGGCCAGAUUUUGGUCCUACCACUUUGGCUUAAUGUUAUUUAUUUGAUGGACAAAAGUAUAUAUUGAUCAAAAAACUUUUUACAAGGUAGAAGGCUCUCUGCUUCAGCUGUCUCUCUGAGCUUCACAGACAAAAGGUUAGAAUUCCUGCUCAGCACAGUGUUUUCAAUACAGCAGGUGAAAAACUGUGGUUCUUCACCAGAUAACCUCCAGGUGUGGUUUUUUAACACCUGGAUAUGCUUUCGUGUGUGUGUGUGUGUGUGUGUGUGUGUGUGUGUGUGUGUGUGUGUGUGCUCUCUAUGCCAAGACCUUUACCAAAGUUGUGAAAUGACAGUGAUGUAGUAUUUGCUAUAAAUGCCUUCUGCACAGUCACUCCAGGUCCUGGAACCUACUCGCUGGGCAGUGGGAGUUAUCUGGUGUUCACAGAGCCACAGUUAAAUUAGUAAUUAGUGUUUUAUUUCUCCACCUCUACAUGCCAGGGAUGGGGUUUAACACCAGGAUACCCCCUGCCACAAGGACAUGAGAUAUCUACACACCUGUGGCUGACCAUGAAGCUGUUUGGAGAUGAUCACUCCACUCACACCAUCAAGAGGGUGAUUUUUGACCUUCUAGAACCUGGCGAAGAUGCAAGGUGACUCCCAGGUAGCUGCAGUGCAGAUGUCCUGGAGCAGUACACCUCUCAGCAAUGCCUAUGAGGAUGAAACACUCCUCGUGGAAUGACCUGUCACGGUAGGGGCUGGACAUCCAGCCUGUCCAGAUCAAUCUCCUGGAUGGGUUUGUGAGAACUUGAGCGACUCCAACACAAGGGGGAGAUCCCAUACCGGGCUCUUCAGGGGUGUGGCACAUGGCGACACCUAGCAUAUAUAGGCCAUGGGGCCAGUUGUGGGCUAGUGUGGCUUGUGGCCCAAAGUGCCAUUGAGCUCUGUUGGGGAGAACCACAUCUGGCAGUGAGUUGACUCUGCAGUUCCACCUGUGUUCCACCUGUGUUCCACCUGUGCCUGGCUGCAUCUGCAGCACCACCUCUGGGUGCAGACGCCACUCUCUUAGGCAUAUGCAGUGCCCACUGCAAGUUGCUCUCCCUGAAGCUAGCCAUCAGUGAGCGCAUGUGAUGAACUUCUGUGUAAAGUGGUGACUUACGCAUCUGACCGUCACUCCAUUGUCUGAACCAAUCAGGACAUGACAGUGCCUCGGAACGGGCAGGAAGAGUCAGAGGGCCAGCCAGGCCAUCACAGUUCUAGCAGGUCACUGUGUUCUGACUUCACGUUGAGGGUCCAUAUGCCUCCUGUGACAACACUCUGCCCUAAAGCUGGUAGGGGUUGGUGUCAGUGGUCUUCUUUUGAUGGGGAACCACCCCCAGAUGUAACCCUUGAAAAAGGCUUCUCCUCCUCAGCAGGUCAGGUUCCACAUCACUGAACUUAAAUGCUUAUCAAGCCUGGGGUUCAGCUGCAGAAAAACUGUACCUUCAACAGAAGUCACAAGCUGCACAUUCACUCUGAAUUCUACAUGCAGUCCUGGCAGUGGGUUCGAGUGAGCAGUUAAAAGGAGCCAAAACUGCAGAAGGAAUUUAUAGCAAAAAAUACAACAAUUUCAUUUCAUGACUCUGUUGAAGGUCUCUGCAUGGUGCACCUGUGCUCAAGACCAUAUCCAGGUGUUCACCACCACCACCCCUGGCAGGUAGACGGGGAGAAACAGAUCCUGUCUUUCACACCAUAUACUCAUUUUUCUUGUUGCACCCAAGUUUGUUGGCCAAAUUACUUACUUACUUAUAUAAAAAAAAAUUGUCAAUACUAGUUUGACCUCAUUUUGAAUAACUUCGCACACGUUUACUAGCAGCAGGAAUAGCUUUUCAAGGUAGAAACUUUAAUGAAUUGGAAUACAGUCAUCUUGAGAAACGCUUCUCUUAAUAAUUAUUUCGUGAUGCUGAAGUUCGUUCACUAGUUUCUUGUUCAGUUUUUCUGAUCCAGUAGUUCAGACGCCUGUGGAUGCUAUUCUGAACCGUAUUAAUAUCUCUUACACAAGGAUGUUAAAGCUCUGAAUAAAAGGUAAAAAUCUGCUUAAUUCUUUGUCCUUAUCUCCUGAUUCAUUAGUACACAGGUUCCCAGCCCUGGUCCUGGACUACCUUCUGUCCUGCACAUCUUAGUGUUUUCCCUGCUCCCAUUACACCUGAUUCAGCUAAAUAAUCAGCUAAUUAUCGUAUUAACAGCCCUUCCUGAAGUGGAGUGGGCGUGUUAGAGCAGGGAGCACUGAAACGUGCAGGACAGGAGGUUCUCCUGGACCAGGGUUGGAAACCAGCGGAUUAGUACAAAGUAACAUGCUAUAAAAUAAUAAAUAAGAAGAAAUUUCCUCAACAGUUUUUAAUAAAUGUGUUUUUAAUGAAUCACGUGCGCAGUUAUUCAGAAUAAGUUUAACUAUUCUGAGUAUUUUAGAUCUUACAAACGAUUUUGCUGGACCACAUGAUUUUAGGAGGAUGGGAAGUGAUAGUGGCUUACGGUCUCUGCUCACUGACUCGUCCACGUAUUGAGAGGCUCGCGCUGCACGGAUCGCGCUGCACGGAUCGCGCUGCACGGAUCACGCUGCACGGAUCACGCUGCACGGCUCGCACUGCACGGCUCACGCUGGUCGCAAUGAUCUGCUUCCCAUAGUUUUGUCUUACUCACACAAACACAGAAUCAAAUCCUGUGGCAGAGUGAGGCAUGUUUGCUGCGCUCCUUCUCAAGUGAUUGUGUUUUAUGGGAGGUUGAUAAAAUUACACGUAACAUGUUUUUUAGUCAGACUCAUGCGGCUAUUCACACUGAAAAUCUCUUCAAGAAACAAAUCGACCAUCUACAUGUUGUAUUGUACAUUAAUGUGGGGAAUUAAACCUCACCUCUUUUCAUAAAUAAGCAAUUAUUUUCUCAUUUAGACCAUUCAUGGUUCAAAAAACUGUAUUUUUCUAAUCACACGAGCUGAGUGGACAACACUCUGUACUUAAAUAUACCGAUUCAUUUCAUGUGCAUUAGGAUAUUUCCAUCUGUGAAGCUACACAGGUGACCACAGAUCUUCAAGAAGAACCUGCAUGUAAUUAAUCCUGUGCUACUGCUGUCUUCCUAGUUGUUUCUGAGAGUUUGAUUUGUUGUUUGAAGCAGCAGUGAAGAAAAAUUCUUUUGGCAGCUCAAAAGUUCAGUGUGUCAUGUGUGCUCAUUGAGUAGACUGAAGGUCUCUGCUGCACUGUUGCAGCAACUCGUUUUUGUGUCUCAUGAUGAACUCCACAGCACUGACUUAAGAUCACAUCACAAAGAACAGAAGAAGUUGUUUUUGAUGAUAUUGAGUAGAAGAAACUUUUCGUGGUUAGUAUAUUUUAUUUUCCCAGAAGACUUGUUUGUUUCUGUCUCUUAACAGCAAAUUUUCUUUUAAUAUUAAUGUAAGCUUUGAGUAUGAGCUCUACUAACCGUUAGCAGGUGCAGGGGUGGACAAAUCACUAGCCAGACACGUUUAUUCAACAGUGAGAAGAAAAAAGAAAUCGAAUUCUAAUGGACUUUUGCAAAAUGAAAUGUUUCCUUUGGUUUGUAGGCAAUUUUUAAACUUAUUUUAUCUCACUAUAUGCACAUCAAAUGAGGCAUGACCUGGCUGACGCUGGAUCAGUUUUUAGUCAGUGUGCAUGAAUGACGGAUCGUUUUCAGAAUCAGGAACACAGAGGGAUGGGGAAAGUAUGAACACAAGCAAAGUAAAUCAUCCCCCAAGCCGUCUCCUGUGAACUGCACGCAGUAAUCUCCUGGUUAAACCACAAGCCAACAGCCAGACUCCAGCACCACGUCUCGUAAUGUUGGCGGUUUUUUGUCGAAGGCACAAACAUGAUGUGCUAGUUUAACUUUAUUAGAAGAGAAUAAUAAUCAUACUUGUACAUUUUCCCUUAGUCUGUACUAACGCACUUAACUAGCUGGCCAGACGUUGUGUUAGCUCCCCUUUUUAAUCCUAGUCAGUUACGUUUCUGAGCACCGGAGUGUUUACCUGCCUGGUGAACUAGCUAAUUAAUUUAUGAUUUGCCCACCCCUGAGGUGGCUAUUUAAGGAUAGAAUAUGUGCUGUUGUAUGAAUGUACAUCAUCUUUCACUGUCUUCACUUUAUUGCUUUACGUAAGAUGACUAUAUGCAGUUCUUUUACAAAAUUGCUGUUUGUCAUGAGGGGAAUCAGGGACUGAAUAAAAACAUGUAAAGAUACCAUGUGUCUAAGUUCAUCUAAUUGAUUUCUUAAGUUUUUAUGAUGGAAAGUACUGCAGAUCAUGAAACCACAAGGAACCGGCUCCAUACUGUGCAUAUUCAGGUUUCUUUUCAGUAAUUCACAAGCAGAUUAAAUUGCUUUUAAUGUUUAUUUAUUACCAGUCAUUACACUGAAUACCUUCCUCCAUUUUUUUUAUUCCUAAAAUUUGAAUAAUUGUGUGUGACUUUGUUUCUUCUUUUAUGAUCUUUAAUCCACGAGCACUGCACAGAUCCAUGUUUGGCCUGUGACUGGGCUGUUAGGGGUUUUAACUGGAUCCUAGCUGGGUGAAUAUAACUUUUGUCAAUUUAAUAUAUUUUGUUGUAAAUGAGUGAUAGAAUAUUUCAAUGUUAAUACCUCAAGUAAUAACUGUUUGCCUCCCUGGGUGUAUGUGUGUGUUUCUUAGCGGUAUAACACAAUGGCAUUAUCUGUAUCUGCUCAAAAUAUUUGUAAAAAAUAUUUGUUUUUGUAUUCUGGUUUAAACCAGAAGUGGGCAUGGUCCAUACCAUGAAAGUGUGUUUUUUUUCUUUUUUUUUUCUUCUCUUUACUCUUUUCUCUCCAUUGUGCAUUGGAAACACUUAAAAUGCUGAAAAACAGGUUAUAACAAAUAGUGAUUUUCCUAACCCUAGCUUUAAUAACAGACGCACCUGUCUGCGUGACCUAUAUGCAGCAGCGGCUUAAUGAGUGAAAGCAUAUUUCUUUUGUUUGUACAGAAAUGUGGUAGAAAUACAGUUUUAUUUUGGAUCUCAGGCUACAGGAGCAAACCACUGAUGUUAAAAAAAAAAAAGCUAACAGCGCAUCUCCUGUUAGUGUCAUGUUCAUGAUACUGCAACUGAGAAAUGCGCAUCACUGUUAACUUGUUUUCCCAAAAGUGACUGAGAAAAAUGCCUCUGCCUGUACAUACUGGGCUAGUUCCAAGCCUUUGUGUGGAAUUUUGUUGAAACCCUCCCCAGGAGAUUAAAGCAAAUUUUUAUGUUCAAGCAAUUUUUUUAUUUUGUCGUGCAGAAGCCCAGUCUCGAUGUACCUAAUGGGAAGGAAAAAGAAGAAGAAAAAUGGUCCACCUGCUGUUCGUGUCUGUAUUAGUACUCGUUUAUGACACGUUACCUGUUCAGUACAGAUAAUGUUUUCGUAUUCUGUUACAUCCCUAACGUGUGUUAAAACCAGUGUCAGAUUUACGUUUUAACCUGCAGCCAGACUGGGACAAAAAUUUAGGCCUCGCGCUCACCCGGGUCACCCCUUACAUGCACAACUUCUGAGAAUACUGAUCACUGUAACGUACACUGACAAGAACCUGUACCUCCGCUCAUUCACGCAAAUGAUCUGAUCAGCUGUUCAUGAAGCAGCAGCGCAAUACAUCAUGUCAGCUUCGAUCAACAGCUUCAGUGAAUGUUCACAUCAAACAUCGAAAUGGAGGAAAAUAUGAUCUCUGUGACUUUAACCCUGGCAUGGUUGUUGGUGCUGGAAGGGCUGGUUUGAGUAUUUUACACACAUUUUUUACACACAACAGUCCUUAAAGUUUACACAGAAUGCCCCGGAAAACCAAACAAAAACAUCCAGUGAGCAUCAGUUCUGUGAUCAGAAAUACCGUGUUAAUGAAAGAGGUCAGAGGAGAAAGACCAGAAUGGUUUAAAGUGACAGGAAGGCUACAGUAACUCAAAUAACCACUCUUUACAACAGGUGUGUGCAGAAAAGCAUCUCAGAAUGCAGAGUUUUACCCAGUUUUAGCAUGGGACUAAUAAUUUAUAAUUUGCUUGAUGGUUGUAUCUCAAAAGAAGAGCGUUACUUUUAACAAUAAAACCAACACUGUGAAAGUGAUACCUUUGUUCCUUUUGUGUGAAUUUCUAUACCUUUAAAUUAAUCUCACUCCUUCAAUUUAGAAUAACUAGUCACUGAGUAUCAGUGUUGGCUGCUACUGUCAGUUUACAUUAAUUUACUGCUAUUAGCUAGAAUUUAUAAAAGUAUAUAAAAGUUUACAGACAUCCAGGCUGAAGACAUUCAAACUCGAUUUUUCACAACUCUGUACAUUUCAUGUUCUCAUACAUUUCCUGUGUUAAGACAAUUAGAGUGUUUUAUCUAUUUUAUUUCUAUGAGGUCAUUUCAAAAUAAUAGCUAAGAGACAGAUUUAGUUCAGCUUUUAUUUACUAUAUCAGUGUUUCGAUGGGUCAGAAGUUUUUUUUUAGUAUUUGGUGGCGUUGCCUUUUAAUUGUUUGAACUUGACUCAAACUCCUGUCGUAGCCUUCCACAAGCUUCUGAAAAUACUUUGCUGGAAUUGUGGCCAUUCCUCCUGACAGAACCGGUUUGUGGGCCUCCUCUUUCAAACACGCUCUUCAGUUCAGUCCACAAAUGUUCUGUGUGAUUCAGGUCAGGGUGUUGUGGUGAUCACUCCAGUACUUUCCAGCCAUUUUACUACAGUGUUGGAGUUAAUCUUAGGGUCACUGUCCUGCUCGAAGACCCAGUUACAACAGGUUUUAACUUUGAUGUUUUGAGGUGUUGCUUCAGUAUUUCUGGAUAAUCCUCCUUCCUCAUGAUGCCAACUAUUUUAACUGUUUAAGUUUCCCUUUGGGAAAGUGAGGGGGAGUGAAGGGGAAUCCAAGCGCACACACAAAUUGUUUAACGUCAAGUCUAUAUCUGUGUUAUUGUGUUUGCAUUCUUACUGGACUUCCCUACUUCCCUUUGCCAAAAGGACAGCCCUUUGUUUAAAUUUAUUUGUUCAUUCCACAUUUUGUCAUAAUAAAGUUAAUGAAAUUUGAGUCUCAUUAAUAAUUAGAAUCUGUUCGGUUCAGUGCAGCCCA